AUGAAUACUCAAUAUCCUCGUCUAAUCAAUAAAAAAAAUUUCACAAUAGAUACUUAGGAUAUUGUCGCUUCAGGGAAAAGAGGAUAAAUACUAAGAUGUUAUUCAAAAGAAAUGAGUGAAUAAUUGUGUGUGAAAGUGAUAAGCAAAUCACAUCAUUAUGUUAAUUAGUAAAACGAAAUACAAGUACUAGAGAAACUUAAAAGCACUAUCCCAAAACAUUUAAAUGUCUUAAAUAUUUACGAUAUUAUUGAAGAUGAUGAAAAGUUUUGCAUUUUCACAGAACUAUGUGAUGCAAAUCUUGAAUAAUUAUUUGAAGAAAAAUAGCAAAAUAAUACAUGGUUUACUAAAGAUGAAAUCUAUGAUUUUCUAGGCUAAAUAGUGAGAGGUUAUUAGUCUUUAAGGGAUUUGAAAAUUAUCCUUAGAGAUUUAACACCAAAAAGCAUUCUAUAUAAAAGGCUUUCAAACAAUAGACUUUUAUUCAAGGUAAAACUUAAAAAUGUAAAUUUAGAUAUCUGAUUUUGGUGUGAGUAGAAUAACUUAGGAUGGAUAUGCAGAAACUAGAACUGGAAUUCCUUUUUACUCUGCUCCAGAAGUUUUUAUAAGUCCUUCUGAAUCAAAAAGAUAUAAUGAUUCUUGUGAUAUAUAUUCAGUAAGAGUAAUUAAAUAUUAUUCGAUAGCUUGGAAUCAUUCUUUAUAUACUGUGUUAUAAAGGAGAUAAACCAGGGAAUGUAUAAGAUUUUAAAGAUCUUAAUGAAUUCCAUGAAAAACUUAAAAUUAAUCAUCAUUUCUAAUGUCCAGCUAAUCUUUAAUACCCCUAAGACCUUUGUUUAUUAAUUUAAAAAAUGAUUGUUUACAAUCCAGAAAAUAGAAUUAAAUGGGAUUAAUUAGAUAUGAAUCUACCUCAAAACUUUAUUAUCUUAAAUGAAAUAUAUUUUGUCGACCUUAACAAUGAUUCAGGAUUGUAAAGAUCAUCUAAUCAAGCAUAUGAUUUAAAGAAUCGUAAAGAUGUGGUUUGUAAACCAUACUAAACUAAUAUCGUUGGAAUUUAGAGAACAAUUGAAAAUUUAGAGAAAAUCUAAUAGCAAAAUCAUAAAAAUAUUGUGGAAAUUCUUGCAAUAAUCAAGCAAAAUACAUAAUACACUUAUCUAAUUCUGGAAAAAUGUGAUAUCAGCUUAUUAGAAUAUUUAUAAGAUUUAAAACAAAAAACACAAAAACUCAAAAGCCAAGAAAUUAUUGAAAUAUUAUACUAAAUAGUUGAAGGCUAUUGUUUCCUAAAAAAAUUUUUUUUUUCUCCUAUUGAGUUAAAACCAAGUAAUAUUCUCUUAAAAAUGUAAGAGAAAGGGAAAUAUAUUGUCAAAGUAUAAUAUCUCACUUCAAUAGAUCUUUGAUUACGAAAUUAACAAAAUUAAUGGAAGAAAUAUCACUCUUUCCGAUACUGAAUUAAAGUUAUUUGCUGCUCCAGAAAUGCUUUCAUAAGGUAAUUCCAACGAUUAAUAAAGUGACAUUUUUUCAGUACUAUUGAAUUUAAUCUUUAGUUAGGAUUGAUACUGUAUUAUAUGGCAUUCUAACAAAUGUAUAAAAAUAUUCAAACUAAAACUGAGCUUCAGUAAUUUCAUAAAUCAUUAGAAACUUAAAAAUUUUAAUGUCCAAAUUAUGAAGUAAUUUUAUUUUAGUAUAUUUAGAAUCAAUUAAUUCCAGAAUUAAUUAAUUAAAUGAUUAUAAGUGAUCCAAAAAAAAGAAUUACUUGGAAUGAAUUAUAAACCCAUCGCAUUUUUAAAGAAUUAAUCCUUUCAUAAAAGUAAAAACUCAGUGGUUAUGCUAUAAUAUCAUAAAAUCCCAUUAAUUAAACAAAUUAAUAAUAAUAAUAAUAAUAAUAAUAAUAAUAAUAAUAAUAAUAAUAAUAAUAAUAAUAAUAAUAGUAAUAGUAAUAGUAAUAGUAAUAAUAAUAAUAAUAAUAAUAAUAAUAAUAAUAAUAAUAAUAAUAAUAAUAAUAAUAAUAGUAAUAGUAAUAGUAAUAAUAAUAAUAAUAAUAAUAAUAAUAAUAAUAAUAAUAACUAUAAAAAUAAUAAUAAGACUAAGAUUUAUAAUAAACAAAAAACUAUAAUCAAAAUUAAUCUUAUUUUCGCGAAAUAUAUGAAUAUAUAGGAUCUCUACAUGCUCUAGGUUUUAAGACAUUAAACGCUUUUGAUGAUCAAUAACUAAAUGACAGCUUAGUAUAAGAUGAAAUACUUUUAUUCAAAUAAUUCAUUAUUAGAUUUUGUCUUUCUUGUUUGACAUGUAUUGAAAAUCUCAAUAAAAAUAAUAUUUUACAAUUAGAAGACAUUAAAUAUUUUCUAAAAUCCCCUUAAAAUUUACAUGCUUGGUUACAGUAGAAAUCUUUUGAAGCAUUGCGUUAAGAAACAUAAAAAAAAUAUUAAUCCUUAAAAAAUAUGAAAACUUGUAAUAAUAACUAAAUAAUAGAUAAUGGGAAUGAUCUGUUAUAAGAACUUAAGAAUUAAUGUUCUUAAAACAAUCAAAAUAUAAACAUUUUGCUUAUUCACUAUUACUUUACCACUUUUUAUAAACAAGUUAGACCUUAAGUUUUAAAUUCUAAUCUUAAUAUGAAAGCAAAAUACUUACUGAUUAAGUUUUCUAGGGUUUUUAUCGAAUUCCCUAUUUAGAAUUUCGAAUCUUUUACAGACGCAAAAGUAGCCUAAAAGAUAUGCUUAAUUGAUGUAAUGUAAGAGUAUAUAUAAAACCAUUUAAAUCAGGAUUGA